CUUUGAUUCGAUUGGUAGGACCGAGUCUGCGGCAGAAUGUUUUUGUGAUUUGGGGGAGUAUGAAAGAGCAGGUAGAAUUUAUUUUGAAAAAUGUGGGGAAUCCGAGCUGAAGAAAGCUGGUGAAUGUUUUUCUCUAGCAGGAUGCUAUUUGCAUUCAGCUGAAGUGUAUGCUAAGGGCAAUUAUUUUUCCGAGUGCUUAUCAGUUUGCACCAAAGGAAAAUUAUUGGACUUGGGUCUUCAAUAUAUCCAAUACUGGAAACAACAUAUUCCUAUGAACGGUGAUAUGAUCACAAGAUGUAGUGAAAUAAAAAAAAAUUGAACAAGAGUUUCUGGAGAGUUGGGCACUUAACUAUUUUGAGCUUAAAGAUAACAAUUCCAGGAUGAAAUUUGUUAGGACUUUUCAUUCAAUGGAUUUGAGGCGCAAUUUCUUGAAGUCUUUGGAUUGCCUUGAUGAGCUCUUUUUGUUGGAAGAAGAAUCAGGAAACUUUUUGGAGGCUGCAGAGAUUGCAAAGCUGAGAGGAGAUCUUCUACUGGAAGCUGAGCUGCUAGGGAAGGCUGGACAUGUCGGUGAUGCAUCAUUGCUCAUUCUCUGGUAUGUGUUUUCCAACUCACUAUGGAUUUCUGGAAGCAAGGGUUGGCCAUUGAAGCAGUUUGCGCAAAAGAAGGAACUCUUAGCAAAUGCCAAAUUGUUAGCAAAGAAAGAAUCAUAUGCUUUCUCAGAAUCCUAUGUUUUCUAUGAAUCUGUUUGUACUGAGGUUAACAUUUUAUCGAAUGAACAGAGUAAGUUGUUUGAAUUGAAUAACUAUUUCAAUGCCUCCCGACGACAGAAAAGCCUCAGGGGAGAAAUUUUAUCCGUUAGAAAAAUUCUGGAUGCUCAUUUUCAUUUCAAUACCUUAAAGUAUGCGUGGGAAGAUGAAUUGAUAGUGGAUCUGACAAAUCAUUCAGAAGAAAAAAUUUCACAGAACCAUGUGUCGGUUGAAACACUGGUUUACUUUUGGAAUAUGUGGAAAGAGUACGUUGUAAAUACUUUCGAGUAUCUUGGGUGUCUUGAAACCCAAAAUGUUAGUAAAUAUCAAGGUUUUGGCAUGCGAAGGCAGUUCAAUAAUCUGAAUAUCACUUAUGUUUUGAUGAACUCUGAUGCCAAUUGGGUGAGAGAACUUGACGACAGAUCUCUCCGAAGUAGUGGAAAGUUGGUAUUUGUUGAUGCUCGCCAGUUUGUCUCAGCUGCCCGGACUCAUUGGCAUGCAGAAUUACUUGCUGUUGGAAUGAAGGUGUUGGUGAAGCUUGAAGCCCUCUAUAAGUUCACUGCCAGGAAUUCGUCAUCUGUGUUUUGCCAAAGCAUACGUCGCAUUCGUAUAUUUGAGGUUACGAAGUUUCUCCUUGAGUCCAAGUUUCAUGAUCUCAAUGUAACGACCCUAGCUGAUGCCAAGAAUUUUACAAAAAAUUCGGCAUAACCUCCCCUAAAAAUAGGCCUAUCACAACCUGUUUAAUUGCAUUUUUAACCUGUCAUGGCUCAAAUUCCGAAUUCACGGCAAUAGUAGAUGAUGAUACACAAUCAAAUGACCUCAAUAAUACUUCAAACUAGUAUUACUCUCCCCAUUCAUCAAUAAGGUUUACAUGUUAUCAAAUUCACAUCCAAAAUAUCAUCAAAUACCUUAAUUACAUUACAUGACAAAGUUUUUGCAAAAUAUACAUAUACACCUUCACACUUUUAGUGCUUUGCAAAAAUAAUGGGAGAUAUACAAAAGACACAAAAGUGAGCUUCUAGUAUCGCUCAAGCUUGAGGUGGGUUGUCGUCCACCGGUUCUUUUCCAAGAC